AUUCCAGCCGCCGGUUCAACUGUCAUAUUCCAGCCAAUCAGAUUAGAGCACGAAAAUAAACAAAAACGCGAGCUCAGGCAAGUUAGGUGUCCGUUCCUCAUUCUGGACAUACGUAAACCGAAAUGACAAAACUGAUUCAUACAGUGCUCCUGUUGCUUCCGGUUCUGGUUUGUGGAGGACCAGAAGAGAAGGAAGGAGUCAAAUAUGCAAGCAAAUGCGAAGCCUGUAAAAUUCUCGCUACGGAACUUCAGGCUCGACUUUCGGAAACGGGGAAAUCCCACGAUGUUAUAGAAUUGGGAUACUCGGUGGACGACGUGAAGCCAAAAAAGCGAACCGAAUACCGAAGAAGCGAACUCCGGUUGCUGGAAUCGAUGGAGAACGUCUGUGAUCGGAUCCUCGAGUACAACAUCCACAAGGAGCGCAAGGACAGCACACGGUUCGCCAAAGGCAUGUCGCAGACCUUCCAAACGCUGCAUGGAUUGGUGAACAAGGGGGUCAAGGUCGAUCUGGGCAUCCCCUACGAAUUGUGGGAUAAACCGUCCGCUGAAAUAACGCAGAUGAAGACGCAAUGCGAAACGAUGGUGGAAAACUUUGAGGAUGUGAUCGAAAAGUGGUAUUUCAAUAAACAGGAAGAAAUUCCGCUCAUCAAGUACUUGUGCGAAGAUCGAGUACUGAGAGCAAACGACCACCAGUGUUUGUACGAAACGCUGGAAGCGAAAUCCGACGCAAGUGAUUCUGCUGAAAAGGAAGACCAAAAAGACGAACUUUGAAAUGCAAGGUGAUUGUCAUCCGAUUGAAACCCUGAACUGAAUGAUGCUUUAAUGUAAUUAAUAUAAUUUACGUGUCAUUUCGUGCUCGCCACAUAAAGUUCCAAGUUUUCUGUAAUUUAGAAAUUAAAAAGUUAGCCAUUUUCGAACAAAGUCAUUCUACCACACGUGUUUGAAUUUUACCUUUAAUAAACAGCGCAUUUUUUAAUAAACCA